UGGCGCUGCCGAACUUGCUCUAACUUCCUCGGCCGACCGGGCCGCGCCGCCGCUGCCGCGCCCGGGUCCUGCUUCUCAGAAGAUGCACUAUUACAGAUACUCGAAUGCCGAGGUCAGCUGCUGGUACAAGUACCUCCUCUUCAGCUACAACAUUGUCUUCUGGUUGGCUGGAGUUGUCUUCCUUGGAGUUGGACUCUGGGCAUGGAGUGAAAAGGGUGUUCUGUCUGACCUCACCAAAGUGACUCGGCUACAUGGAAUAGACCCCGUGGUGCUGGUCCUGAUGGUGGGCGUGGUGAUGUUCACACUGGGGUUCGCUGGCUGUGUGGGGGCCCUACGGGAGAACAUCUGCCUGCUCAAGUUUUUCUGUGGUGCCAUCGUGCUCAUCUUCUUCCUGGAGCUGGCUGUGGCUGUGCUGGCCUUCUUGUUCCAGGACUGGGUAAGGGAUCGGUUCCGGGAGUUCUUUGAGAGCAACAUCAGAUCCUACCGGGACGACAUCGACCUGCAGAACCUCAUCGACUCCCUUCAGAAAGCUAACCAGUGCUGUGGAGCCUAUGGCCCUGAAGACUGGGACCUUAACGUCUAUUUCAACUGCAGUGGUGCCAGCUAUAGUCGCGAGAAGUGUGGGGUUCCCUUCUCCUGCUGUGUGCCGGAUCCUGCGCAAAAAGUUGUGAACACACAGUGUGGAUACGAUGUCAGGAUUCAGCUGAAGAGCAAGUGGGACGAGUUCAUCUUCACCAAAGGCUGCAUCCAGGCGCUGGAGGGCUGGCUUCCGAGGAACAUUUACAUCGUGGCUGGUGUUUUUAUCGCCAUCUCUCUGCUACAGAUAUUUGGCAUCUUCCUGGCAAGGACCCUGAUCUCAGACAUCGAGGCGGUGAAGGCCGGCCAUUACUUCUGAGGAGCAGAGACGAGCAAGUGCAGCUGAGCCACAUUGUGGAGGCCAGAACCCUUCACUGUCAUCAACCUUAUAUCCAGUGGGAGAGAAGCUGGCACAACCACCCGGAGCCAGCGCCCUUUCUUCAGCAUCAGUGUGAUAUGAACUCUAUUUCUCCUUGCUGGUGCUGAAGGCCCAGGGCUCCUUUUUACCUGCAAGACUUGAGCCUGCAUCCCUGCUGGGACUUCCUAGAGGCAGAAGUGUCUCUACAUGGGGCAGUGGCCCCGAGGGACAGACUGGGCUUCUGUGGCUGUAAGGAGUGCCUGUCUUGGCCCUCUUGGAGACCGAGAGCCUCUGCAGACACCUGCUCCUCACUGCAGGCUUUGGGUCAUGGGCGCUAGCCUGAUGGACAGCCACAUCUUAGGGUGGGACAUGGGUAAAGGGACAGCAGGUGAGCACAGAGCUUCUCUUUCCACCAAGUCCAGCAGUGCAGUGGCCUGCUCCUAGCUGGGGAAGGGGAGGGGCUCAAGUGGAUCUGUGUAUGCUAGUGGGAUCGUGGCGGGUUAGGAUCAUUUGCAGGACCCUCAGCCAUGUCCAAGUGAAGUAAGCCUGAGCCAGGGCAUGACUGGUGCCACGAAAUGCCUCGGCGGCUACCCGCCAAGCCCCACUGCCAUUUUCCAGGACAGGAACUGCCUCUGGUUUCAACAGCAUUAAGCCCUGGUUGCUGGGGAAGCGGGGGUGGCCCGUUCCCCACUGAGAGCCGGCUCUCGUUUUCUUAAAGUGUGUAAAUAGUUUAUUUAUAGGGGUAAGAAUGUUUUCACACCAUGUCUUCAUUUCCUUUUCCUUUCCUCCGGCAUUCUCCUCUCAGCAGCCUUACACAGUGUCUGGAACUAAAAGCUGUCCCUUUCAGUUCCCCUGAGUGUCUCCAGAACCAACCACAGCAGCCUGUCCUUUCCAUCUACUGUGUUCCUGCAUUCCCCUUCCUCCAUACACUGCCCCCGAGACACACCCCACCUCCCAGCUUGGCCUCACUGUCUUCCAGUCUUGGUGCUACUAAAGCUGUCACCCGAACUUGAAUCCUGCCCCUCCUUCCCCAUGGCCUGCCCAGGAUGCCCCAGCCCCCCACAUAGGCAGCCAAAAACCUUUUGGGCAGAACUUCUGGUCGAAGCUAUACGCCAAAGGGUGGCUGGCCUGACAUCUGUCCUUAGAGAGAGCUGCUAUCCUGCAGCCAGGCCUUUGCUGAGCUGUGCACCCCAGGCCACAGCUGCUUAGAAUCUUGGGACAUUUUAUUUCUCACUUUCGUGGUGAUUCCCCACCAGGAUAUGUGUGGUCACUGUGCCCACCCUUCCUGUUGGGGCUCUUCUGGAGCUUGCUCUUGGCAAUGAAGUUUAUUGUAUGUGCUGAAAAACCCUUGGAGUAGUUGGGGCAUUGUCCAUCUUUGGCUGGGCUACUUCUAAUGCUUCUCUGUAGCUUGUACCAGUUCUGUCCUUACUGUUCAGGGAUCGAGAGCUACCUUCAUUCACUUGCAGAAGUGUACAUUCUAGUGUGGUGUAUACUGGUUAUGCUGGUGGGUGUUUGUUGUUGAUGAUGAUGAUGAUGAUAUUUUUGUUUUGUUUUGUUUUGUUUUUUACCAUUCUCUGUAGACUAGAGGAAGAAUGCUUGUGUUUUUAGAAAGUGUGUUGCUUCUCUUUGACUGCCAAACUCUUUUAUGGAAUAUAUCUUUAUAUUAAUGCUGCUGUUUUGGUUGUUUUUAUUUGGAGUCACUACCAAAAUGAUUUUAAAUACACAGUAUAAAUUUGGCUGCAGGGGGAAUGAGCAGGAUCAAGUGUAACUAGAGGUAUAGUAGUGCAGAUUGGCACGUUCCAACAUGGAUUUCAGUUAUCCUUCAAACAAGGCUACAACUGGAACUGGUUGACUUGUGGUGUAGCCAUGCCUGUGUGUAGGCAGGAGCGGAAGAACUUUAACCCUCAGGCCCAUAGGAAACAUUACUUUAGGUGAUUCCUUUCCAAACCCUGACAAUACUGUUUACCCAAGCAAAAAAAGCUUGGGGACUAUGGGUUAGUAUCUGGGCAUUGCUACUACCUGAACCAUGUAUCCUGGACUUGUUGGCCUCUGUGUUGUUGGGGGAGGUAGGAGGGUGUCAGGGGCUGUGUCUACCUCAGGGAGCCUUCCACCAAACCUCCCUGCCAGUGUGUUGGUGGCCAUAGACCCUGCUUGCCAGAGUGUUGGUUCCAAAGGCUUCAGACAGCUCUUGCGGUCCCAUCUAUUCAUGUAGUCCUAUUGCCUGGACCCCUUGGAAUCCUCCUAGGUACCACACUCCAAUUCAGGAGGAAUUCUAGCCAUGACUUCCAGAAUUUUGUUUCUCAAUUAGUUCAUAAAAUGUUCAGGCCAUCUCGUUUAACUCUUGAGUCGUUGGUUGAAGAAAGAAAACAAAUCAAGGAUUAGGGAGCCCCUGACUUGAAGCUCAGACACCCUACCUUGGCCUGCCCUGUACCCUCACCUUCCCUGUUCUCUCAGGCUGCACAGAGGCCAAUGUGCCACCUCUGCACUCUCCUUAAAGCUUUGUCCUCCUUAGAGCUCACUUUUUUAACUUUUUACUUUUUUUUUUUUUUUUUUUUUUGGCAAGCACUCUACCACUGAGCCACACCUCCAGUUCUGCCACUCACUUCAAAGUCUCCAGGUUUCUCCUGUCCUUCCUGUGACCCUCCUCCUACCUCCUCUCAGGACUCCGCCCUGCUUUUUCCCCACCCCUCUUCCUGUUGCUGCCUUUUUUCCUCCUCCUACAGACUUGCUGAGGCCCCAUUGCUUUCCUUUCCCACUUUCCUUCCCUGGCAGCUUCUUCUCUGGCCACUCUCUGCCCUUGUCAUCCCCACCAGUACUCUCCUUUUGGCUGGUUGUCAAACCAGGACAACCAACUCUUCAAAAGCCUCUGCUUCUGAGGUCCAGGUGUGCUACUUCUAACCCUCUUCCAUCUGUCCCUCUCAGGCCUCAGCUGUGUCUGCCCCACCCUCCUCAGUGGUCUCCAGGACCUUCCCAUUGCUCACAGGUCAGGGUCCUGGGUCAGGCAGGAAAAGCAUCUGCAUUGCUUCACAAGCCCAGGCACUCGGUGUCCCCACACAAAUAACAAUAAAAAUUAAUGGACAUAGUACAGUAUGUUUCAGCAACACAGGAAAUACUCAGAGUACUUAAGAAUUAAUAACUCAUUCAAGCACCAGAACAGGUCUGAGGAAGCCAUUUUCAUGCAUAAAACAUGUACCUCAGAGGAAGGUAGGUUACCUCCAAGGAUUGGGAAAGGUCUGGUUUAACUCUGGAAGCCUAUCCCUAGAAACUCACCUUGCAGCUAAAGCAGGAGGCCAGGAGGUAACCUGCCAGCUCUGAAUUUCAAAUCUAAUUGGCUCCUGCUAAACAGAACCAGUCCCAGAAGAUCCUCCAGGUCACUGGGCUCAGAAUCUAUAGGCAUUUGGGAAAAGUGGGGAAAUGGUGACCUCCCCUCCGGGUCCACAUGAUGACUUCCUGGACUUGAGUGCCCAGUUUGAUUUGGGGGCCUUUGGAAAAGUGGGGCAUUGCUUCUAAGCACAACCCUAUGCUGGGCUGUAGGCCUUGGUGUCACACAGUAGGUUCAGUUUGCUGUAAGGCCCAAGCUGUGCUGUGUUCAGUCCACAAACCGACUGCUCCCUAGCUCUGUGUGAGGUGCUUAUCUUAAAGCCAAGUUGCUGGGGAUGGGGUGGGGACAAAGCUUCCCUGCACUCAACAAGCUUAUGGAGGCUGGGCAUUGUGGGGUAAGAGGGCAGCCUUCUCUCAAGGAAGUGCUGAGCAGAAGCCACAGAGGGAGGGCCUCUGUCCAGCAGGAGGGUCCACAUGAUGACUUCCUGGCCAGCAACCUCAGAACAUGGUCUGCAGAGAUGCAGAGAAUGGGGAGAGCUAUCUCAAUGGCCCAGCACCUGAGGUUCCCACUGUCAUGGAAAAGUCCCUACCCAGAUGUCAGUUGUGUCAGCACUGGCCCCCACUAGCUGAAAACCCUCAGGUCCACCAGGUGAGAAGGGAGGAGGAACAGUACUUCAUGUGGGCCUUUGCUCCAGUGUCAGUGUGUUUGUGUCUCCAGGGCUACAAAGCUUUAGCUCAUCAGCCCCAUGAUGGAUCUUGGUAGAAGUGCUUCUAUCUGAUCAUGUCCAAAGGAUCUCUGGGCUUCCAGGUCAGACUGGGCCACCUGCAGGCUGUUCUCAUUUACCUGGGUGCUCUCCAAAGGCCCAGAGAACCACAUACUUUUAGGGCAUUUUGAACUUCUUACAAAGUCACAAUUAACUGGCCUUUCCUCCUCAAAGUCUAUGUUAAAACCAAAUUUAUUCUCAGAAUGAUUUGGGGGGCUUUAAGGAGUCUCAGAAAUGUCACAUGUAGAACUGGGGCUAUUGUGGAACCUUAGGAGAAAAAAAAAAAAGCUAAGGAUACAUUUAAGUGGAAACUGUUCUAGGGGU